CGCCGCACACAGAAACAGCAUUGGAUUGUGGGUAAGAUAAUAUCUUGUGUUUCCUGAAUUAGUUAUGGGAACAGUAGUAGAAGGUUAACGUUUAUAGAAAUAACGUUUUUUUUUCAUUAGUUUAGAAGUUCAAUUGUAUGUCAAUUCGCAUGAGACCGCAUCUUGUGUAGAACUACAGGUUGACUGCUUGAAAAGUUAUAACGGUAGCCAGCAAUGAGUUUGAACGAACACUCUUUGCAAGCUCUGUCAUGGAGAAAACUUUACUUGAGUCGAGCAAAGCUGAAAGCUACGAGCAGAACUUCAGCUCUCCUGUCGGGUUUCGCGAUGGUGGCUAUGGUAGAGGUGCAGCUGGAGCCAGAUCAUGUGUAUCCCCCAGGGCUGCUGAUAGCUUUCAGCGCCUGCACCACUGUCCUAGUGGCAGUGCACCUCUUCGCCCUGAUGAUCAGCACCUGUAUCCUGCCAAACCUGGAGGCCGUCAGCAACGUUCACAACUUAAACUCGGUCAACGAGUCACCCCAUGAGCGCAUGCACCGCCACAUUGAGCUGGCCUGGGCCUUCUCCACUGUUAUUGGUACCCUGCUCUUCCUGACCGAGGUGGUUCUGCUGUGCUGGGUCAAGUUCCUGCCCCUCAGGCGCCCCACUGAUAAUGGCACCAUCAGUUCUGGUGAGGCGGCAGCCAUUGCCUCCACCUCCAUCAUGGUGCCAUUUGGAUUGGUGUUCAUCGUCUUCGCUGUGCACUUCUAUCGCUCUCUGGUCAGUCACAAAACUGACCGUCAGUUUCAGGAGCUGGAGGAGCUGUCCAAUAUCACCCGGCUGCAGAACCAGCUGGACCACAGGGCAGAGACGACCAGUCUGCAGCCCUCCUCUGUCCACUUCCCCUAACAGGAACAUACACGAGUAGAGAGAAUAGAGCAUUAGACAGCUGUAAGAAAUCUAUAAUGAAGCUUUUUUUUAUAUAUCUAUUUGCAUGAGCACCAUGAGAAAGGAUACUUUAUAUAGUAAUAAAUAAUUUCUACAGAUGUUUUGUAUUGGGAUUUGGACUGCUCUAGGCUUUUUCUAUUUGCUUAAAUGGUUGUGGAGAGGUCAGGAGAAUUUGCUUUGUAUUGUUCAUUCGAUUGGACUCAAGCAACUUUUAUUGCUUUGCUGCAUGUCUAUUGUCUUCCUUAUGUCUUCAGGAACAGAUCUGAAUAGCUGAACGUGAGUGUGAAAUUUGUAGUUGAAUAUUUUUGGAUAUCUUCAUUAAAUAGAUGAUAUUUGUAUUUUUAUCACAUACGCAUGACUAAACUACGUUUUGUCUAUGGCGGCUACGGAACACCAAAAGUGUGGGAUGAACAUUUUGUGAAGUAGCUAGAAUUAUUCAUUUACAAACGAUAACCGGCCAAUUUCCAUGAAAGUAAAACUCCCCAGGAGAGUAUAACCUGUAUUAGCUGCUGUAAUAGUUAUGGUGCAAGCAAAGUGCAGAAUUCAGAUAUUUUGUUUCAGGUGACCUUAAUCUGUCCAUCAGGGUUGGAAUAUUUAUAUUUAUAACUUUUUAAACUCAACACUAUUGAUAAUUGAAGAUAUGCUCUGAUGUUUUUUUGAUAAGUUAAUGCAUUUUAAGCACACUCAUCAUACUGUUGUUACAUGAUAGAUGAACUGUUAUACUGUGGUUGUGAAAAUAUUAGGCUGAAAUAUUGUCCUCAACAUAAUGUACUUCCUUUUAACAAUACUGUAAAGCACUGAUUGUUUUGCAUUUAUGUGAAGUCACAAGUAGCUACUUCUAAAUUAAUUUCAAUGGAGGCAAAACUUCAGAUCUUUAUCGUCAACCUUUGAAUGUGAUCCAAGUGCACAUACAGUGGGGCAAAAAAGUAUUUAAUCAGCCACCAAUUGUGCAAGUUCUCCCACUUAAAAAGAUGAGAGGCCUGUAAUUUUCAUCAUAGGUACACUUCAACUAUGACAGACAAUUAGAACAAAAAAAAUCCAGAAAAUCACAUUGUAGGAUUUGUAAUGAAUUUAUUUGCAAAUUAUGGUGGAAAAUAAGUAUUUGGUCACCUACAAACAAGCAAGAUUUCUGGCUCUCACAGACCUGUAACUUCUUUAAGAGCCUCCUCUGUCCUCCACUCGUUACCUGUAUUAAUGGCACCUGUUUGAACUUGUUAUCAGUAUAAAAGACACCUGUUCACAACCUCAAACAGUCACACUCCAAACUCCACUAUGGCCAAGACCAAAGAGCUGUCAAAGGACACCAGAAACAAAAUUGUAGACCUGCACCAGGCUGGGAAGACUGAAUAUGCAAUAGGUAAGCAGCUUGGUUUGAAGAAAUCAACUGUGGGAGCAAUUAUUAGGAAAUGGAAGACAUACAAGACCACUGAUAAUCUCCCUCGAUCUGGGGCUCCACGCAAGAUCUCACCCCAUUGGGUCAAAAUGAUCACAAGAACGGUGAGCAAAAAUCCCAGAACCACACGGGGGACCUAGUGAAUGACCUGCAGAGAGCUGGGACCAAAGUAACAAAGCCUACCAUCAGUAACACACUACGCCGCCAGGGACUCAAAUCCUGCAGUGCCAGACGUGUCCCCCUGCUUAAGCCAGUACAUGUCCAGGCCCGUCUGAAGUUUGCUAGGGAGCAUUUGGAUGAUCCAGAAGAAGAUUGGGAGAAUGUCAAAUGGUCAGAUGAAACCAAAAUAGAACAUUUUGGUAAAAACUCAACUCGUCGUGUUUGGAGGACAAAGAAUGCUGAGUUGCAUCCAAAGAACACCGUACCUACUGUGAAGCAUGGGGGAGGAAACAUCAUGCUUUGGGGCUGUUUUUCUGCAAAGGGACCAGGACGACUGAUCCGUGUAAAGGACAAUGAAUGGGGCCAUGUAUCGUGAGAUUUUGAGUGAAAACCUCCUUCCAUCAGCAAGGGCAUUGAAGAUGAAACGUGGCUGGGUCUUUUAGCAUGACAAUGAUCCCAAACACACCGCCCGGGCAACGAAGGAGUGGCUUCGUAAGAAGCAUUUCAAGGUCCUGGAGUGGCCUAGCCAGUCUCCAGAUGUCAACCCCAUAGAAAAUCUUUGGAGGGAGUUGAAAGUCCGUGUUGCCCAGCAACAGCCCCAAAACAUCACUGCUCUAGAGGAGAUCUGCAUGGAGGAAUGGGCCAAAAUACCAGCAACAGUGUGUGAAAACCUUGUGAAGACUUACAGAAAACGUUUGACCUCUGUCAUUGCCAACCAAGGGUAUAUAACAAAGUAUUGAGAAACUUUUGUUAUUGACCAAAUACUUAUUUUCCACCAUAAUUUGCAAAUAAAUUCAUUAAAAAUCCUACAAAUGUGAUUUUCUGGAUUUUUUUUCUCAUUUUGUCUGUCAUAGUUGAAGUGUACCUGUGAUAAAUUACAGGCCUCUCUCAUCUUUUUAAGUGGGAGAACUUGCACAAUUGGUGGCUGACUAAAUACUUUUUUGCUCCACUUUAUUACUUUAAUAAAAUAAUGGCAUAUGA